GCCCCGGGCAGGACCCGGCUGGGCACCACAGGGCACAGGGCACCGCAGCCUCCCACCCAUGGCCUCCUUCUUCACAACAGCCCUGAAGAACCUGCGGGGGGGCGAGGAGGAGCCCCAGGCACCCCCCAAGGACACCAAGGCGGCCACUCUGCCCAAUGGCAUGUCCCGCGAGGAGUUUGAGGAGUACCAGCGGCAGCUUCUGGAGGAGAAGAUCGAGCGGGACAAGGCCUUCGCACACAAGAAGGCAGAACGGGCGGCCGUGCGCAUGCACCUGCGGGACAAGUACCACCUGGCCCAGGACGAGCGGGACGAUGCCCAGCUGCACGUGGCGGGCGGCGCGGUGGAGGUGCCGCAGGAGCUGGCCGCCAUGGUGCGCAGCGAGGAGGAGGAGGAGGAGGAGGAAGAGGAGGGGGCCUUCGCCUUCCUGACCAAGCUGCGGGAGAUCGAUCUGCCGGCGCUGCGGGGCCGGGCGCUGGGCACCGUGGACGAGGUGAAGGAGAAGUGCUCCCUGAUGUAGCGCCGGCACUGGCAGAAUUGGGCUCAGUCCCAGGGAGCGGGCGGGAUGUGGGCAUUGCGGGUGCCCGGUGCUGCGUGCCAUGUGCCCCACUGUGCUGCCUGCGUUUGGGGUCUUCCUCCCCCAAAUCAUUCCCUGGGGCUUUUUGGGGCACUGGGCAGGGACACCUGGGUCUCCUCCUGCCACACUGGCCA